AUGUGUGCCCAAGCAGAGAGAUUAAAUGGCGUCACGCAGGCGUUACCCAGCGGCACUGUUCUGAUCGCCGGCGGUGGGCCUGUCGGCCUGUUACUUGCACGCAUCCUGUCUUUCUAUGGUGUCAAGUCGGUACUAUUCGAGCGCAACUUGACAACGACAAAGUGGCCUAAGAUGGAUCUCACGAACGCGCGGUCUAUGGAACUUUUCCGCAAAAUAGGCCUGGCCGACAGCCUGCGAGAACAGGGUGUACCGGGUGACAUUGAUCAGAAUGUGCUCAUCUCCACAGGCUUGUCAGCUGCUAAGGUACUCACUCAGUGGGAGUUACCUGGUGUUGAAAAGUUCCGGGAGCGAAUUCUGAAAACAAAUGAUGGCACCCAGCCUCAAGAACCGUGGCAGAGAGUCUCACAGGCAAUAUUCGAGAAGUGGCUCAAAGCGAUAUGCGACGAAGACCCUCUGAUUGAUCUAAACUACGGCUUUAAAGUAGAGUCAGUUGAGGAAAGCAGUGACAUCCUCAAGACGACUGUAACGAAUGUCGCUACUGGCACGCAGACGGUAUGGAGCUCGGAUUAUGUGGCGGGCUGUGAUGGCGCUUCCAGCAGGGUCCGCACUUCUCUAUCCAUCCCCAUCGAUGGAGGCCCAAUUCCUUCGUGUGCGUUGCUAGUGCAUUUCAAGUCUCGUGACCUCACUCGUCUGCAUAAACAGGGGAGAUUUUGGCACAUCUUUCUCCUCGGGGUAUCUGGAGAAUUUGAAGCUGCCAUUAUAUCUCAAGACGAGAAGGAUACUUGGACCACACACCUAUUUCUACCAUUGGAUGCUGAGCCCGAGAAGAUUGAUUCCUAUGAUGCCGUCUACAGAGUCCUCGGCGGCCUGUACGGGCCAUAUCGCAUCGAGAUCGACGAGAUACUCGUACGCUCAAUAUGGAGGCCCAAUAUUGCCGUAGCCCGCACUUGGGUCGGGUCAACCGGGCGAGUGUUCUUGGCCGGCGAUGCAGCACAUCAGAAUAUCCCCACUGGGGGUUACGGAAUGAACAUGGGAAUCGGAGACGCCUUCGAUCUUGGCUGGAAGCUCUCUUCGGUCAUUAACGGCCAAGGCGGCACUGGUCUGCUAAAGUCAUACGAGUUAGAGCGCAGGCCUGUUGCUCUUCGAAACGUAGAGCACUCUGGCGUUCAUUUCAAUGUCCACGGCGGGCUAAAAGAUAUUCUAAGUGGUGGCGACCCUCGCCGUGUCGACGGUGAUGACGAGGCAGCCCUUGCUCUCCGUAAGCGGAUCCACGAUUAUUAUCAGCUCCACGACGGAGAAAACAAAGACCUUGGUAUUGAAAUGGGCUAUCGAUACAACUCGCCCGUCGUCAUUUGUCGGGAAGAUGAUGGCAUCGAGCCUGAGUUCAACCCUCACAAGUACACACCCACCACCUGGCCGGGAAGUCGAGCACCACACCUUUACCUGACCGACGGUACAAGCAUUUUCGACUUAUUUGGUAAACACUGGGCACUACUGGUUUUCACCAACCAGGAAGUGGGACAAACUCACAUUGUCACUGCUGCCAGAGCGGCAGGGCUGAGUCUCCGCCAGGUCGAUCUCUCAGGAGAGGAUGAUGCGAAGAGGCUGUAUGAACGAAACCUAGUUCUUAUAAGGCCAGAUCAUCAUGUAGCCUGGCGAGCGAUGGAAAUGUCGUCAUUGAAAGUCGCGAAAGGCGUUUUAGAAGUCAUCACAGGGCGCCUCGACUUGUCAUCAGAAUCAUCGAUCAAUCAGGCUACGAAGACAGAAAAGCCCAAGGACGUGUUUACGUCUACCAUUGGAAUAGAUGCUCAGAUCAAUAGCUUUAAUUUGGAGAGGAUGGCUGAGUUCCAACAAUAG